UCUAAUCAAUGACAUGUCAAACGGAUUUGCUACACAUUGCUUUCUAAACUUUAUUGACGUCAUACCAUUCAAAGUACAGUGCUUGCAUUUCACUGAGAUGUAUCUAUGAGUACUCAGAACCUGUUGUUUACUUAAACACACUAUGAUAUAGUGCCGCUGGAGUCAAUAAACAGGUUGACGGAGGAAUUAGAUGCAUUUAUGUCAGACGAAAACAACACUUGGACCAACCCAGCCAUCGAAAUCUUGUGAAACUCAACAUGUUCGUAGCAAUUCAUCAUCAUAUGAUGGGAUAGUGCACAAUACAGACAAUCUUAGUAAACCUGGGGAUAACUGCUUUUUGGAAUUCUGUCCCAGUAAUUUAAAUAUAAGUGCUGAUGGUUCCAUGAAUGAAGUGCACGGACUUUUGAAUUCAAGUCAUCUCUCCAUCCCACAGUCAAACAGUCAAAGCCAACCAGCUUUGAAUGAAGAACAAUCCGAUGGUAAUAAAGAAUUGGUUGGUUCUGGGAGUCGGAUGAGCAAUUUAACUUUACAGUGUUUAGAUAAUUACUACGAUGAUGAAGAUGAUGCUUUGUUAGCGAAAGAGUUUAAUCAAGAACACAAAGAAGGUAGUCCAGGUGAUUGUGGAUCAGGAGAUUAUGAUAUCGGCACAUUUGGAUUUACAUCAGUUGAUGACAGGAUUAUUAAAGAAGAGUCUGUCCCUCAUUUUACACGUUAUCGUCCAUCCCCUCCCCCUCCACUUUCACGAGGACAAAUAUUAUUCACUCCAAACCUACGUAAUCAGUCAUCUGAGCUUUCAGAAAGAUCUGAACAACCCUCAAGAUUUCUCAAUUCGGAAUAUAUAACACCUCAAGCUAAAGGUUAUUCUCAACUCCAAAUGAAUGACUUAGAGAGUGCUACUGAUGACAUGAAUCUCUCUAGUCACCGGUGGUUAAGCGAAGACGAAACUUGUGAUAUAAAUCCCACGUUGUAUCAUCGUGUUAUAGAAGAGCCAUCACCUUUCAUUGGUUUAUCGACGACAUUGUCCCCCACUACACUCCCGUUGGAUACGGGUGUUAUAACUUCCUCAUCCCUUUCCCUAUCUUCAGCUUUGUCUAGAAUAGCUGCAGAUGACCAGAUUUCAUUACCGCUCACUGCUUCAUCUAGUACAAGAAAUAGUGCUAGCACUAAUCCUGUUAACAGCCCACCUUUGCAAGCGUCAACGAUGACGAAAACGUGUAGCCCACCUAAUCAACCUAUUUCAGAUGGACGACAAUUUGUCUCUGUUGCUUGUGAUUCAGAUGUAGGAAUUUCCUCCAUUGCUAGAACAUCGGCACCGUCUUAUACAAUAGAAGAUCCGUCUAUCAGUGCUCGCCAAAGGCUGAUGGGGGCUUCUGCUGCUGCAGCCAUUUUGGCUGCAUCUGCAUACUCCGCACAGAAUUACUCUAACAAAAUGAACAAUUAUAGGGAUAUAAUUAGGUUAAAGGGACAAGAUGUUGUUCACUUGCGUCAACCACCAACACAUUCGGGCUUAAUUGCUGACGUCUAUUCAAACUCAUCACUUCUGCAAAUCCAGUCGAAUGCACGUAGUGCUAUUUCUUCACUUAGACGUCGUGAUCCUUGGUCUAUACCUCUACGAAAAAUGUCUGUGAAUUUAAUUCAAACUUACAAGCACAUAAAUGAGGUUUACUAUCGUAAAAAACGACGCCUUCGUGAACAACAACGCCAAGCAAAUGAAGCUUCUGUCACAGUUUCCGAAACUUCAUUUCAAAAAUCUCGUUCACCUGGACAAGAUCCAUCAUCUAAUGACCAAUUGGAUGCACUUUGGAAAAUUUCAAGCAGUGAAGCAUACUCAGAUGCACGUCAGAUAUAUGAUCAUAGUAGUACAGAUGGUAGUGUCGGGGUUAACGAACACCAGUUACUUACUUCGGCUGUAUUCAAUCAACAAAGUCCAACAACCUUUAACAGUGCCACAAAUUUGUCUACGAAUUACAAUAUAGGUUCAGCGAUUCAGUCACAAUCUAUUUCAUGUAACCACCCUGCUAUAUCUUCCAAAAACUCACCUUUUCCUCGAAAUCAAGCACUACUAAACGUAUCUCGAGUGGAUUCGGAUCAAACAGCACAAUCUUAUUUGUUCAAUACCACCUCCCUAAAUGGUGUGACAAAUCGCUUUUCUACACUUGGUAUUUCAGGUUCUUUAUAUGACAUUGGCAAUUCAGAAGCUGAUACAAGGUUGGCAGUAAAUAGCCUAAGUAAUGUUUGGUUGUCACCGGCAAACAGUAGUACUGCUAUUAGUGCACCCGUUAUGAAGGUGGUGACACAAUCUGCAUCUCAUAUUUCCAGACCACUUCCAUUGAACAAUGGAAAGAUGGUUAUAGGUGGUAGUGGUGGUGGUGGUGGUGGUGGUGGCGAUCAAAGAAAUGUAUUCAUUUCAUCGGAUCAAAAGGCUCCCGAACAACAGCAACAGCAGCAGCAACAACAACAAUUGACUCAUUUUCAACACUUAUUACCUUAUCAUCAUCAUCAUCAUCAACAACACUCUGUUCUAUCCUCUUCUUCACAAAAAGAAUUUCCAAUGUAUACGGAACAAAAUUCAGUGUCUUUAGAUAGUAGUAAUUUACAUCCCAAUAAUAUUUCAUUAUCAUCCUCUCAGAUCCCAUUUUGUAUGAUAUCAGCAACUGGAGCAACAGACACGGUAAGAAAUAUGAAUUCCGUAACAAAUGGAGGAGGAUUUUAUCAGAAUCAAUUUGAUCUGGAUGUUGCAAAACAACCAGUUCAUUCACAUCAUUCGAUGUCUUUGCCUAUUGGAAGCUUUAAUACACCGAAUUGUUCAAAUAUGAAUAUAAACAACAACAAUAAUAAUAGUAGUAACAAUAAUUUAGUAUCAUCAACAUCAUCAUCAGCUUAUUAUAAUUUAACAUCAUUUGAUCCAAUAUCACCGAUUAGUAGUAGUAGUUGUCGAUUACCGCCUGGUAUGCUAUUGAAUACAACAACAACACAUCAACAGCAGCAGCAACAACAACAACACCAUAUGGCAAAUAUACGUGCUACGAGUAUGAAUCAUGGUCAAAAUAAUAAUGAUUUAGUUAAUAAUUCUACAACUUCACCCUUAUAUACAUGUGGAUUCCGUCAACGUUUAGAUAGUCAAGAUAUCGGAUCAAACACAAAAACAUCAUCUCAUGAUAAUCCUUCGGAAUUAAUUGAUACUAGUUGUUCUUCCAGUCCAUUAUUGCCUUGCUUUUAUUCCAGUCAUGCAGCUAAUCCAGUCUCAUCUUCUACAAAUAUUUGCACUUCAAAAUCCCAUGGAGUGAAUAUCAAUCAAUCGUGUCCAACUGGUGGUGGUGGUGGUGGUGGUAUUUCAAAUAAUGACAUACUUCAUCCUUCUUCUUAUGCUCAAAAUGCUUUUGGUAAUAAUUUACCAAAACCUACAAAUGUCACCUAUGUAAAUCAUCCAAUCUUUUAUAAUUCAGUAUUACCGAAUCAAUUUAUGCAUCGGUCUGAUUUAAAUCAAAUAGGUAGUAAAAUUAUAACGAAUACUACAAGUAAUUCAAUCAUUCCUGUAACAUCAACAAUGGUCUUGUCAACAGCCAGUGGAAAUAUACAACAACAACAGUCAUCUAUGAUAAGUGGUUCAAAUAAAAAUGGGACUAUGAAUACAACUCAGCAUAUUGAUCGUCGUCAUACAGACAGUAAUUAUGAUUAUAUUGUUAGACCUGGUGAAGUAUGGAUGGGACAAUAUUUAAUUAAUAGUCUUAUUGGAAAAGGAUCUUUCGGUCAGGUGAUGAAAGCUCAUGAUUGUAUUUCAAAUGAAGAUGUCGCCAUUAAAAUUAUCAAGAAUAAGCGUGCAUUCACUAAUCAAGCUCAGGUAGAAAUUCGAUUAUUACGUGAAAUGAAUCAUUAUGUUGAAGAGGCUGUAGCCUCUGGGAAAGAACCACCACCAGGAUCUAAUUUGAUUGUUCGUUUGCUCACUCAUUUCACCUUCAGAGGACAUUUAUGCUUAGUAUUUGAAUUACUCUCCUAUAAUUUAUAUGAUCUUUUAAGAAAUACAAAUUUUCAUGGUGUUUCAUUGGGUUUAACAAGAAAAUUUGCCCAACAAUUAUGCUGUGCAUUAGAUUUUUUAUCUAGACCAGAAUUACAAAUUAUUCAUUGUGAUUUAAAACCUGAGAAUAUUCUACUUGUUAAUCCAAAACGUUCAACUAUAAAACUAGUCGACUUUGGUAGUUCAUGUCAUAUGAAUGAAAAAAUCUAUCAGUAUAUUCAAUCACGUUAUUAUCGUUCACCUGAUGUUCUCCUUGGUUUAGACUAUACAAUGAGUAUUGAUAUGUGGUCAUUAGGAUGUAUUCUAGUUGAAUUACACACUGGUGAACCCCUAUUUGCUGGACAAAAUGAAGUUGGACAAAUGAUGAAAAUUAUAGAAGUACUUGGUAUGCCGCCUCGUUUGUUACUGGAUAAAAGUCGACGUUGGCAUGUAUUCUUUGAACGAACAGCUGAUCGAACUUAUGUACCUAAAGCUUCAUGUCAACAACCUGGUAGUCGUCGAUUGUCUGAAAUUUUAGGUGUUAAUUCUGGUGGACCACGAGGGAGGCGUUUACAUGAAGCUGGUCAUACUCCAAUGGAUUAUAGUAUUUUUUUGGAAUUUGUACUUCGAAUGCUCACCUUUGAUCCAGCUCGACGUAUUAGUCCAGCUGAAGCAUUAACGCAUCGCUUUUUUAGACGUCCAAAUACGAAUAAUAAUACAGGUGGAGGGGGUGGUGGUAAUUCUUCAGCUCAAUGUGAAUCGAAUUCAAAUGCUCCAGUUUUAGUCUGUCCACCUCCAAAUCGAUGGGCUAAUUUUAUUGAUAAUCCAACUAGUAAUCUUAUGCAUACUCAUUUCAAUAAUUUAAGAACAGCAGCACCUGGCCACUCUGGAGUAGUCGGAUUAGUCAGUCAUCCAACUGAAGCUGUAGAACUUAUGCGUAUUCAAAAUCAACAACCAUUAAGAACUGCAGUUGCUGCUGGAUCUGUUAUUGUAUCACAGGCACGUUCAAUUCCAAUUAUAUCAAAUGAUGGUGGUGGUGGUGGUGGUGUAUUAACACAAAUUAGUGAACCACUACUUUCUCCACUUAUUUAUGGAUCACACGGAUCAUUCCAUGUUCAUCAUUCUACUAAUAAUCCAGGUCCUCUUCCACUUCAACUAUCACGUGUUCAUCCUACUCAUGUUAUACAGGGUCUUCAUCCACUUUCAUUGAUUAAUCAACAAUCGCAUACAAUUGCAUCAAAUACAGCAGGUGUAUCAAGUACAUUUACUGAUACAAGUCAAUUACAUCAUCCUUAUUAUAUUGAAUCUGGUGUGUAUAGUAAUAAUAAUAACAAUAAUAAUAAUAAUUAUCCUCAACGGCCUAUCCAAUUAGCAUGGAUUGGAGGCGGUGGUGGUGGUUUGGGGGAACAUCAUCAGCAUCAUCAUCAUCAUUCCACUAGUUCCACUGCAUGUCUUGCAUCACCUGAUUUACUGAAUGUAGCUUCUGCUGCAUCGCCUGGAGUCUGGCGUUGAAAAGAGAAAGGUAGUCACAGAUUUGCUCAUGUAUUUAUAAUUUCUCUUCUCUCUCCUUUUCUCUCACUCAAAUAGCCGUUCUGUGAUGCAAACUCAUGUUCAUAUAAUCUACUAAUCUAAUCCUUUAUUCAUUAUUUGUAAUUUUUAAUCAUAUUCAUGUAUGUAUGUAUGUAUGUAUGUAUGUGUAGUUACAAAACAAUUUAGGCAUACACUACUACUACUAUUAUAAUUAUUAUUUAUCUUGACACUUACUUUACUACGUUUCUCUUACCGGUUUUUUUCUUUUAGUGUACAGUCAUUGUUGUUCUUCUUCUUGUUGGUGUGUGUUCUCUAUUUGGGCUGUUUCUUACAAAAUGAUCCAUAUAAUACGUGUAUUUGAACUUUCUCUUUGUUCUCACUCAUUUCUUCUCGAACUAAAAACACACACUAUCCCUCUCUCUCCUUAGCUGUGAUUUUACUGUGUAACGCACACACACACACAUCGAAACAGACUAUGCAAUUUUAUUUACUUGUGAAUCUAAUCUAGGCAACAAAAUAUGUUUAUCUUCUACUCGCGCAAUACAUAUUAUAUACGAACAUAAUACAUAUUACUUUCGAUAGUGUUACAGUAUGCUCUAUGAUAUCCCACUUUUUUAUUUCACAUGAGAUGGGGAGGAGAAAGGAAAACCAGUCCUUUUUUUGCUUUAUUUAUAAAACACUACUGAAAAAAAUCGUGGUUUUUGAAAAUCCCUUACUUCUGUGUGUGUGUGUGUAUGUGUGUACGGUUGGGUGGAUGAUAAUAUGCUCAAAAUUAUUCUUUGUGAUGAAAAUAUUGAGUAAUCUAUCUAUCUAUCAAUCUAUCCUAUUUAUCUAAAUCACUUUUUAUACUCCCAUUCCUCAACUAUCUAACAUUAUAGUGGGGGGGGGGGGCAUAUGCAUCUUGUAUGCAAAGGUUUUUAUGGUGUAGAGUAGUGCACACGCUAGAACAAUCUUUUUGGCGGGUAAGUGUAUGAAAUUCCUAUAUUCGCUUAUUGUUAUAUAAUAAUUAUGUGUAUUAGUUACGUUCACUGCUUAAUUUCCAACGUUGGUUGGUUACUUGAUUCCCUUCAUUGUUUUUUAUUAAUUGUCUUCUUAUGUUUCUUUUUUUAUCUGUUUUCACAAAUCCCGUUCUUCUCAGUACACACAGUCACACACGUACAGUUGUGUAUUCACAUUCCUGUUUUUGAUGAUGAAAGUGUUAAUGUGUGUUUCGUUUGUUAAAAAAUGAAAUAUGAAAGUUCCUCAACUAGAUCCUUCUCCCUCUAACACACACACAUGCACCAACAAUGCACAAAACUGCAACAACAACAACAUCAACUUCGUGAUAUGUUUUAUUUACUUCCAGUGCGCUGUCAUUUUUUGCCGCCCCCCACCUCCCUUAAUCCCAUGCUUGCUCUUUUAUUACCCCGUUGCCCUUCCAACUUGUGUAUGUAUUUUCCUUUGGAAUCUGCCUUCCUUUCUCCUUGAAUAAUAAUUACCUGUCUAUAUAUAUAUAUAUAUAUAUAUA